AUGGCUGAAAUUCGCAGAAAACUAGUUAUCGUCGGUGAUGGAGCUUGUGGAAAGACUUGUUUACUGAUUGUCUUCUCCAAGGGCACAUUUCCAGAGGUCUAUGUGCCAACUGUCUUCGAAAACUACGUCGCAGAUGUCGAAGUGGACGGAAAGCACGUCGAACUUGCGCUUUGGGAUACGGCUGGUCAAGAGGAUUACGACCGCCUGAGACCACUAUCAUAUCCAGACUCCCAUGUUAUCCUUAUCUGUUUCGCUGUUGAUUCACCGGAUUCUCUUGAUAACGUUCAGGAGAAGUGGAUCUCAGAAGUAUUGCAUUUCUGUUGUGGUCUCCCCAUAAUUCUUGUCGGAUGUAAGAAAGACUUGCGUUAUGAACAGAAGACACUUGAGGAGCUUCACAAAACCAGUCAGAAGCCAGUGGCUCCAGAACAAGGUGAAGAAGUCCGAAAGAAAAUAGGCGCUUACAAGUAUCUUGAGUGUUCCGCCAAAACCAAUGAAGGUGUUCGUGAGGUAUUCGAACAUGCUACGCGCGCAGCACUCUUAACCAAGAAAAAGAAGGAGAAGAGGUGCAUUAUCUUGUAA